AUGAAAAUAAAAGUAAGGACACUGCAAAACAACGAAGAGGAAAUUAAUGUAGACCCUGAUGAUAGUAUACUUGAUUUAAAAAAAAAAGUGGAAGUAGUUUUAAGAGACAUGCCAAGUGAUAAACAAAAAUUAAUAUUCAGCGGGAAAAUAUUAAAAGAUGAAGACAAAGCAACAGAUAUAUUAAAAGAUAAUGAUAUAGUUAUUGUAAUGGUUACUAGAAGAAUUAUUAGUAAAAAUAAUCAAAAGGAAGAUAUUAAUAAAGAAUCCUUAAGUAAGAUAGAAAAUAAUAAUAAUAAUAAUAAUAAUAACAAAUCUGAUGAUAAUAUUAAUGUAACUAUAUCAAAUAUAGAAGAACAAAAGGAGAAUAAGGAAAAUAAAAAUGAUAAUACAAGUGAUAAUAUAUAUAAUAGUUUUAAUAAUGCUGAAUCUAUGCUAUUAACAGGAGAUAAAUUAAAAGAAUCCAUAGAUAAUAUAUGUGCUAUGGGAUUUGAAAAAGAAGAAGUAAAAAAAGCAAUGAUACUUGCAUAUAAUAAUCCAAAUAGAGCUAUUGAUUAUUUAACAAAUGGAUUUCCAAAUGAAAAUAUAAAUGUUAAUGUAAAUGAAAAUAUAAAUAAUGGAUCUAAUUUUUCUAAUUUAUUAAAUUCUGAAAAUAAUCCUUUAUUAGAAGAAAAUUCAUCUCAUCCAUUAUCAUCAAAUGAAGAAACUUUUAGAAAUUCCACAUUUUUUAAUGCUAUAAGAGAUAUGGCAUUAUCCAAUCCACAAAGAUUACCGGAACUAUUACAAAUGAUUGGAAGAACAGAUCCAUCUUUUUUAGAAUACAUCAGACAAAACCAAACUGAAUUCUUAGCAGCUCUUCAAAAUUAUGGAAAUAAUAUAAAUGAUCAUGAAGAGCAUUCAGAUGAUAAUACAAACAACCAUUUUGAUGAUAAUCUGGACAAUGCAGAUGAUGAAAAUGCUAUACAAAAUGAUUCAUUUCUACAAGAUGUAGGACAACAAGUUUUAUCAGAUCCUAAUAAUGAAAAUAUUAAUAUACCUAUUACACCUUUAAAUGAAAAUGAAAUGGAAAGUAUUAAAAAAUUAGAAUCAUUAGGAUUCCCAAAACAUGUAGCACUCGAAGCAUUUAUAGCUUGUGAUAAAAAUGAAGAAAUGGCUGCAAACUAUCUUUUUGAAAAUAUGAACGAUUUUACAUCAGAAUAA